ACCAUUGCCCCAAAGGCUCUAGUCUCAGAACCUUGGACUGCAUCUUGUGCACUCUUGGUUAUUCCAGGUGGUCGCGAUCUGCCAUAUUUAUCCGCUCUAGAUAAAGCCAUACCCCGCAUCCUUGACUAUGUUCGGCAGGGUGGAUCUUAUCUAGGCAUUUGCGCUGGGGCAUAUUUUGCAUCAGCACGAGUUGAAUGGGAAAUCGGAACAGAUCUUGAGGUGCAAGGGGAUAGACCUCUUCGUUUCUUCCCUGGUACAUCUCGAGGUUGCACUUAUCCAGGCUUCCAAUAUAAUAGUGAAGAUGGAGCCCGGACAGUCACUGCUCGACUACCGACCGACCAAAAAUAUCAUGGAUUGUAUUAUAACGGGGGUGGGGAAUGUGUAAUACCCUCUUCAGUGGGCGGGGUGACACCCUUGGCCUACUAUGAAGAUGAAGAACGCCCAGGAAUGGUCGCAGCACCGCUGCACGAUUUUCUAUUCUUCUUGCAGCAGGACAGAUCGAGCAAGCAGAAGCCGGACGACAGUCUUUGCUUAGAGAGACCCUUGGCGGCUUGG